CAGCUGUUUCGCUCUAAAGCUACAUAACCUAAGCUCGGCGCGCUAUACGUUAACAGUCAGCAUUUCUUAUGAUUCCUAUUUAAUAAAUUAAAUUCAUGUCUACUGUGGUCGAAAUUCCUGCUUGCUAGUUGUUAAAUAGCCUGCUGCUUAUCUUUGCAACUGUAUCUGUUCAGAAAUGGAUUGUUUAGCCAUCACCAUAGCAGCAUUGAGCACCAUAACCCCCGGUAAGAAAUUACAUUUAAAAAAUAGCGAGUAGCCUUAUUUUUAAACGCAUUAUAUUGCUCUUAAAAGAAUGAAAGAGUAAGAACAGAGGAACUGUAAUUUGCAACUCUAAUAGUUUCCUCAUCCUUCGUUUUUCACUUUAGUUUGACACAUGGUGUUUUCGAUAAUUCCCUCUUCUGGCUCUAUAAUUAUAUGUAUGUUUACAUACAUAGAGCCAGAAGAGGAAAUUAUUGAAAAGGAUAUCCUUCGCUCAAUUACUUUGUGUUUUAUAGAUGUCGUAAUGAAUAUUUUCGCUACAUUGUAUUAAUCAUUGAAAUAAGUGUUUAAUUAAUUUUUUUAUUAUAUCUCCGGUAUAAUUCAAAGGGUAAAGCAAAAAAUAUGCAAUAUGUAAUCCAUAAACGCUGGAAUAACUUCUCAUAACAGUUAUCCAGACAUUUUAUAGGGAAGUUGGCUUUUUAAAAUCCUCGCUGUCUCCAAAUGAAUGGGGCUAUGUAGUUCACAGUUAGCAAUGAUGUGUAAGUCUCCCAGGCUGCAGUCGAAGGUUUUUUACCCUUAUUCGUUAUUAUUUACAUCUGAUUAUCUGGCAUUUCCUCCAUAGUUUGGGAGAAGGUUUCAGCCCUAUAUUUAUUCUAUAUGCCGUAAAGAUUUCCUUUUUUAGCGGCAUUGGUCUCAUAUUAGCAUAGUAGCAGUGAAAUUACCGUUUCAGAUAACUGUCACGGUCUUCGUUCAACGCAUUUGUUGUCGCAGUCUUUCGAAACUCUAGUCUUUACCUCGAGAUGACAGUCGAUUUUGUCAAUGGAAAAGUACUCCGUCAUUGUCUGGCUGUGAAGGAAGUAACCACAAAGUAUGUUAUUGUAAUUGAGUUACUAUGCUAAAAUUGACAUCAUUUUUGAAGCUUGUGAAAUAUAUAAUUAUCUUUCUAAAGGUGCACCUACUGGUUAUACUUAAUGCUGUAGUAUCUCUAAAAGACGGUGACAGGUAAAAUGGCAGGUCUUUGACUGUGUGUUUCAUUUUAUUGCUUACAUGAAAUGAAAAGUACGACAUAAGCAGUAUCGAGAUUUGAAUUUGAAGUGUAGCGCAAUCGAGGCAUCUCAGUUGAUUUGGCAGAAUUUCUAUCAUUUGAUGGGGUUUAGACAUACUGCAUAUUUUAUUACUAUAUUUUCAGUAGGUUAUACUAGUAUUCAGGAGUUCUGUAAGUUCUCACAUUGAUUUUGAGUCUAUUUCAGAUAUUUUUUGAAAGUUUCAGGUCAUUUGACAUGUAUUUCAUUAGGAAAAGAAAUUAUAGUAUAGUUUGGAAAAUAAAACUGUAUAUGAAUGUAAGUCUAGUGUCCAAUAAAUUAAUGAUAGUGAACCUCUUGGAAAAUUGGAAGUUGGUCUUAAUACAAUAAGUGUAACUCAUUAGAUAUUGCAAAGCAGUCAUGUGAUUUAUAAUUUGCAUAAGCAGCGCCUCAUUAAUUAUAAUUUGUAAUUAUGUUAGAAAGUAUUUCUUGCAAGAAGAGUAAAAGUGUUUUAUUUUUGCAUACUAUGUUUUGGAUAAUGUAUUUCUAAAACUUCUCUAUAUAUGCUUAAUUGAAAUAUUCUUCUAUUUUAGGUUUAGCCUUCGGCUUCUCUUCAGCAUCUACGCUUCAAAUUUAUUUCACUGUUUCACAUUCAGCACUUUUUGCUAGCUCAGUGAAUAUAGGAGGAUUGAUUGGCGGAUUGAUAUCAGCACAUAUGUUAUCGUCUUUUGGAAGACGUUUUACAUUGUUAAUGUCAUGUAUUCCAACUAUUUUGGGUUGGUUUUGGAUGUACAUGUGUGCCGACGCAGUAUAUAGAUCUUCCUUUCCAAUGUCAUUGUUUAUUUUUGGACGUCUGCUAACUGGAGUCGGAGCUGGUCUAUGUCUUCCGUCUUCCGCAACUUACAUUUUAGAAAUAUCUCGCCCAAAAUAUCGAGGUGCACUUUGUGCAUUACCACAAGUCGGAAUAGUUUCUGGGGUUUUCUUCUCUUUCCUUUUGGCUGUAUAUAUGGUGUGGGAACGCAUUGCUUUCAUACACGUCAUUUUCUCUUCUAUUGUUCUCCUUCUUGUUUGGUUCCUCCCAGAAUCACCGAAAUGGCUUCAGAAAGCCGGUUAUACUAAGGAAGCAGAUAAUGCAAAUAUGCGGCUGUUCGGUAAACUUAAUCCACAUGUUAUGGAUGCAGUCGAUCUGGAAGAUAACACGAUGGAAAGUACAUCGAAGAAAUAUUCUUUAAUGUCAUGUAUAUGUCCUUGUUUAUUUAUUCCAUCAAGUCAAAAUCAUCGUUUACGAAUAGCUUUAGGAUUAAUGAUACUUCAACAGUUUACCGGGAUUAAUGCUAUUCUAUUUUUCGCUGAGUCAAUUUGCCUUAUUGGAAGUGCUACAACACCUCCAGCUUGUGCACUUUUCAUUGGAACAGUUCAAAUGAUAUUCACUAUGUUGGCAGUAUUUGCUGUCAAUUAUGCACCUCGGAAACAUUUACUCAUUCUAAGUGCAUUAUUUAUGGCUAUUGCACAAUUAGCUUAUGGUAUCACAAUUUCGAAUAAUCACCCUAGUUUUAAACUUACUCAAUUCUGGAUAUCAUUAUUUAUGUUUGGUUAUUCAUUUGGUUGGGGACCGUUACCUUUACUUAUUACUAUGGAAUUAUUUCCUGUUAAUAGUCGUGGUUAUGCUGUUAGUUCUGCUGUAGCUGUUAACUGGUUAUUUGCUUUCAUUGUAACAGAAUUAUUUGAAUUGUUAAGUUAUUCAGUUAAACCAUCAUUUUUGUUUAUCACUUUCUCGUUUUGUUGUUUAACUGCUAUGGGUUAUGUGUAUAAAUAUGUACCAGAGACUAAUGGUAAUAAUACUGUCAGUCGAAGUGAAGGGAAUUUGUCAUCACAGAAGUCAAUGUUAAAAGUCUAAGAAGACGUUAUUACAAUAUCGGUACGCUUAAUUUAAGUGCAAAUAUAUGUAAAGAUAAAGAUAAGAUCGUAAAAGUAUAAUUUUCACCUUAAAAAAUAUACAUAUAAUGAAUUCUCGUUGUUGUUAAUGUUAUUCAGAACGUUAUUGUUUUGCUCAAUAAUAAUAAUACCACCGUACUGUGAGUGACCGGGUUUCCUGUGAAUUUCUUUUCUUUUCCUCUUCUCAGUUUAUUAAUUUCAUUUGAUUUGUGUUAUUUUAUUAUAUUUUGACUUUUAUAUUCCGACCAAGUUUUAUUUAUAUAUAUGUACAUAUUUUAUUUCAAAUUUAAUUAUUCCGCCUGAAGAAUUUUGGACUAAUUAACUGAACUACAGACCUGAUUUAUUCAUUUCAAUUUUGAUGAGAUUAUGAUAGAAAUAUCAUUUCAGAAAAUCAAUAUUAAGAAUCACACUUUGAUUAUUUGAGGCAUUUUUUGUUUAUAUUGUUGUUACAUUUGUGUUUGAGCAUAAUUUAAAUUCAUAUGUUUUUUCUUAUAUUUUCGUGAGUGAACCUGGAGAAAUACAUUUUGAACUACAAAAAUUAAAAAUAUGCCUUAAGUGUUCGACUUUUCAAUUUGAUUGUACAUGUGUCUUUUAAUUUACCCUAUUGCUUGUGUGGACACACUUCUCCUAGGUUCAGUGUCAUUGUUUUAAGCUGCUUAUUCAUAAUGGGCGGGAAAUCUAAACACAAUUAAGAAAAAAUGGUUAGUGAACAAAGAGUAUUCUUCUCGAUAACCCCUUCAUCAUCAGGUUCUACAGUGAUAUAUACACAAUAGU